AUGCAACCUAACGAUAGAUUAUCGUCUAUACCAUCACGUGAAAAUUAUAAAGCUAUGACUGGAAAUAUUGCACAAGGCUUAUUUGAAAAAAGUCAACACGUAGUGCAUCGUAUACAAGAAAGUAUAUCAAGUAUUACAGAUACCAGUAUCGCUCUGUCAAAACAAAUGAUAUUACAAAAAUUAUUAGCCAAUGGUAUUGUACAUAUGGAACAUAUUCGAAAUGCUCUACAAAUAGGUAUCGGAUAUUAUCUAGAACAAAAUCUUGAACAAAAUCCCUAUAAGAGAGGUUUAACAGGUAAUAUUGAAAUUGUUGAACGUGUCAAAUUUCCAGCUAUCGGCGAUAGUGAUAAAAAUACACCGCCUCAUACCUACCCAGAUUUUGAUUGUGAAGCUUAUGCACUCAAUGACUUCUCUUAUUUGAUAAAUAUUUAUGGUAUUAAUCCACAAAUAUUGCGUGAUAGUAUUGUUAAAAGUGGUGAUCUACGAGAAAUAGUUAAUCCAGCAAAAAGUGGAUCGUUAUUAUAUAUUACAGCUGAUAGUAAAUUUAUUAUUAAAACCGUUCGAGAUUACGAAGCGAAGUUUAUUCAACAAAAAUUUUUAUCUGAAUACAUUGGAUAUAUUAAAAAACAGCCAGAAACAUUUAUUACAAAAUUAUUUGGCAUGUUUGGCUAUAUUCCCUAUAUUCCCAAAGAAAAGUUAGGUUUGAGUUUGGAAGCGUUUACACUUCGUUUUGCCAUAUUCUCAAAUUUUAUUCCGCCAAAAUUACAAAUACAUGAAAAAUAUGAUUUAAAAGGAAGUACUUUUAGACGGGAUGCAGAUGUAGCUGAAAAGCGAAAAGAACAUACAACAUUCAAAGAUAACGAUUUUCGUGAUCUACAUCCAAACGGUUUAGAACUUUCGUAUAGUAUUUAUCAACAUUUACGAGAUGUUGUAACACAUGAUGUUGAAUUUUUAGAAAGUCAAAAUAUUAUGGAUUAUUCUAUGCUAUUAGUUAUUCACAAUAUAGAUAAUCCUGUUAAACGAAAACGUGUUAGACCUUUUGAACAUUUAAUUGAAUCAGCAAGAGGCACAUUUUUGUCAGGAAUUUCACAAAUUAUUGACGAAAAUGGAAAAGAUAAAAAACCAUAUGGAAAAUCAAUUAAAACUCUCGAAACAGGCUCAUCAUCAAACAAUACAUAUGAUACGUCAAAAGUUAGACAAUAUGGUGGAAUUCCAGCCAAGAAUGAAAAAGGAGAACAUUUGUUACUUUUUAUCGCCAUUCUAGAUAUACUGCAAACUUUCGAUAUUUGUAAAGUAAUGCAACGUCAACUUCAAACGAUACAAGAUCAAUCAGCUGUCGAUAAUCGUUCAAUUGUUGAACCAAAUUUUUAUGCAAAACGGUUUAAAGACUUUAUAUUUAAUGAUGUUUUUAAACAAGCCAUAGAUGAAAUUGACACACAUCCAUUUUCAUUAUCUAGCAAUGUAUCGCACAAUCAACAACCCAUACAAUCUACGCCAUCGUUAUAUCCUCAGCUUCAUGGAGUGUAA